AUGCUCAUCUCCAACAUCUUCACCACCGUCCUCACGGCCUGUGCCGUCCUCGGCUCGACCGCCGCUGCCGCCGAUUUCAAGGUCAAGAAGAGCGGCAAGACCAACUGCUCUGACGGCGGCGGCCCCACGCGCGAAUACAGCCGCGGCAACUGCAACCCGCUGUACAGCACCGACCACGGCAUGAGGGUUCUCGAGCAUAACACCGCUUGCAAGAUUCGAUGCUACCCGGGCGGAAACUGCGACGGCGGCGUGAAGAGGGCCUUCAGCUCCCACCAGUGCCACUCGCUGGAGGGAUGCUGGUCUUUCAGAGUCGAGUGCUAA